AUGAGACUUUUUGUUGUUUUGAAUCUCGCUUUAGCUGUCGCAGCUCAGGGUCUUUCGAAAGAAGAGCGAGAUGCGAUUAGAGCACAAAAAGCGGCCGAGAGGAAAGCUGCUAAAAAAGCAGCAAGGGAGAAGAAGAACAACAAGAAGAAAACGACUACUGCUGCUCCGACAACCACAACUUCAACCACAACAACCUCGACUACUACAACGUCUACGACAACAACGACAACUACGACUACAACUCCAAAACCUACAACCACCAAAGCUACGACUAAGAGAGCAGCCCAGAAGCCAAAAGAUUCUGGACGAUCAGCUGGAAGCGGUGCAACUAUGUGCGUUUCUUGCAACACAAAAGACCUCGCUGGCUGCCUUGCCGAUUCCACUGCAUUUGAAUGUCCCGAAAAUACAUUCUGUUCGUUGACGAUGCGAACUCAAAAUGGCGCCCCGACACAGUACGAAGUCGGCUGCAAGCAGAACAAAGCUUGUGUCUCGAACAAACGAAUGAACGGUUGGGCUAAAAAGCCAAAGCCUAACGAUCAGUGCAACCUGUCAGGAUCCAGCGCUGCUACUUGUCGACAAUGCUGUACUGGCAGUGAAUGCCUCGAGUUCUAUGCAAAAUUUACAGAACGAGAAACUUACUCAAACCGAUGGUACUGGAAUAUGCCCCAACUUGAUCGACCUCACCAAGCUUAA